ACAACAACCAACUCCUGCAUCAGCCCCACCUGUCAACAUGUCUCCCUCAUCCUCCGAUAUACCACAACGCGCCACACCACCUUCUUCACUCAAAAACAACAGCGGCAUCGAAUCGGGCGGUGGCAAUUUACGCUUCAAGCCCAUUCCCAACCCAAUAUACGAUCCAGAAACAAAACGUAACAGUCAAGAAAACCAACGUUCUUCAACAACAGGAACAGCUCCUGUUACUGUCACCAACGCAUCUGCAACAACAACAACUUUUUCGGCAGCGACAGCAGCAGUAAGUACACCUAUACCAGGACCUGUCAACAGCAACAAGAAGGACGAUGAUGACGACGAUGAAAGUGAAGACGAGUUUCCACCGUUGACACAACGAAAGCCCAGAGAAGAAAAAUGGAUGAUUUCAUCGAUGCGUCGACCGCAACAACUUCCAGUACGAUCACAAAAUGCACGAAUCUACGAUCGACAGAGUACGAUUGAAGAUGGAGCAGCAGCAGCACAGCAACAACAACGGCCUAAACUACACAUUGAUACCAACCCUGGUGCGGCCGCACAUCAAGUCAUGACGACGGUUCGUGCUCAGUUACAGCAAGCCAACAAUUUCUCAUCCCCUGAAACGGCCAGCACAGUCAAUCCUGGUAUUCGCGCUGCGCCAUGGCAACAAGGAUCGAAUGAUUCGCAGGCUGUCACGAAUUUAUAUAAGCGUGCUACUACGACUGCUACAGGACUUGGGCGUCAAAAUAGUGUGAAUGGACCACGAUUACCUGAAAGCGGUGCUGAUAUCGUCCCGCCAAUGCCUGGAGAAGAUUAUAUCCUGAAGCAUGGAGAAAGUGCAGGGUCCGAUUCAUACCAACAACAACAACAACGCUAUCAACAACAGCGCGAGGAUACGCGAUUUAAUAGUAACGUUGCACGACGACAUCAGUCUACCUAUGCGGAUAUGGGAAUGAUGCAGCAACAGCAACAACAACAAGAGACACGACCACCGCCAGCAACUCAGAAUAAAGAGCAUGGUCAUUUUGGUGGGCGUGUGUCCAUUCCAUUCUUUGGAAAGAAGGAUAAGCAGCAUCAGCAGCAGCAACCACCACCCAUGCCGCAACAGCCGCCCAUGUCCAAACAAGAUCCCACAAACGAUCAACAACAAGCAGCAACACAAUCAGAGCGACUUUCAGACGGCGCGCCGAUUCUUCAUUAUGCACGUUCAAUGUGGGCCUACAAAGCCAAGAUUCCACAGGAAAUGUCAUUCAAUGUGGGUGAUGUAUUUGCUGUUGUGCACAAGCAACCGGAUGGAUGGUGGGAAGCGGAAUUAUUGGAUCCAAAGCGACCAGGACGAGCACUUGUACCCGGAAAUUACAUGGAAACCAUACAACCUAGCAACUAAUAGUUAUUUAACCACUCUGUUUAUAUAUAUAUAUAUAUAUGUAGUGUACAUUUUAAAUUGAAAUAUAUAUUAUAUAUAUAUAUAAUGAUUUUUAUAAUAUUUGUAAUAAUUCAUCACUUUUACGUAAGCUGGAGAAAAUAAAUAUAGAGUCUCUAAACUGCUUGUAUACCGCA